UAAAAUAAUUUUCGAUGGAUUUUAUUUGUGCCGUCUGGUCACACCGACGAUUAGCACUCCCGCAUCUAUCGAAGUAACGCCGGCACGUGUAGUAAAGUAAAAAGUUCACUCUUUAACUUUUCCCAAACGCUCCAGUUUGCAUUUAAGAAAUAAAAAUGUCCGCCGCUAUCAAGAAGAUCAUCCCCAUGCUGGACCGCAUCCUGAUCCAGAGGGCCGAGGCGCUGACCAAGACGAAAGGCGGUAUUGUUCUUCCCGAGAAAUCGGUGGGCAAAGUGCUCGAGGGCACCGUUCUGGCUGUUGGCCCUGGUACCCGUAAUACCACAACUGGCAGUCACAUUCCCAUUGGCGUGAAGGAGGGCGAUCGUGUGCUGCUCCCCGAAUUCGGAGGCACCAAGGUUAACCUCGAGGGUGACCAGAAGGAGCUGUUCCUCUUCCGCGAAUCCGACAUCCUGGCCAAACUGGAGUAGAUCUCGAGUCCGGAAGCCGUCUCACAAUUCUAUGAAUUCUAUGUUUUCAAUUAGUACGUAACACACAAACCCAAAACCAGAACUACAAUAAACGCUGAUGCAAUAUUUUUGUUUGCAUUGCGCAUGGACCGCCGUUCAAUAAACUUCGAGUUACUUGUUAAAAUGUACAAGGUUA